GCGACGAAAAUGAACGAACUCCCACUCGGGAACACCGUCGGAAAACAUGGCGGCCAAGGCGCUUCGGCAACGAACCAGGCGAGGCAGCAGACAAGAUGCAAACAACGUGAACGUCCCCGCCGAGACUCGGCCACCAAAAGAGGAGAAAGGCGGAGAUGACAGUAAAGUCACAGAGACUCGGCAAGACUCAGUAAGUCGCGGAGGUCAGGUAUGGGCUCCAGAAGGUUCAACUGCAUUUAAAUGUCUGCUCUCUGCACGUUUCUGUGCAGCUCUGCUAAGCAACAUUUCGGACUGUGAUGAGACCUUCAACUACUGGGAGCCUAUGCACUACCUGCUGUAUGGCACAGGGAUGCAAACAUGGGAAUAUUCUCCGUUGUACGCCAUCAGAUCGUAUGCUUACCUGUGGCUACAUGCGCUUCCUGCUUGUUUACAUGCCCACGUUCUACAGACAAACAAGGUGUUGGUGUUCUAUUUUGUACGAUGUGUCUUAGCAUUCUCCUGCUGCGUCUGUGAACUCUAUUUCUACAAGGCCGUUUGUAAGAAGUUUGGUUUGCAUGUGGGCCGUCUGAUGUUGGCAUUUCUCGUCCUGAGCACAGGAAUGUUCUGCUCGUCUGCAGCAUUCCUGCCUUCCUCUUUCUGCAUGUACACAACACUGGUUGCCAUGACGGGAUGGUUUCAGGACUCACCACCAUUAGCUAUUAUGGGUGUGGCUGCGGGUGUCAUUGUUGGAUGGCCGUUCUCUGCUCUGAUUGGGGUUCCGAUUGCCUUUGACCUGUUGGUGUUGAGGAGGCAGUGGAAAAGUUUUAUCACCUGGUCAGCUGUUGCUCUGUUUCUGCUGCUGGUCCCCCUAGUGGCAGUGGACUCUUUCUUUUAUGGCAAACUGGUCAUUGCUCCUCUCAAUAUUCUACUUUACAAUGUCUUCACACCACAUGGACCUGAUCUUUAUGGAACAGAGCCAUGGCAUUUCUACUUUGUAAAUGGAAUUCUGAACUUCAACCUGGUAUUUGUUCUGGCACUGUUUUCUCUGCCACUCACUGCUCUCAUGGAGACACUGUUACACAGGUUCAAUGUACAGAACCUGGGCCGUCCAUACUGGUUGACUCUGUCUCCCAUGUAUCUGUGGAUGAUGGUUUUCUUCACUAGACCUCAUAAAGAAGAACGCUUUCUCUUUCCUAUCUACCCUCUCAUCUGCCUCAGCGGGGCUGUAGCCCUCUCCUCUUUACAGAAAUGCUACCACUUCCUGUUCCAGCGGUACCGACUGGAGCACUACACAGUCUCCUCCAACUGGUUGGCUCUAAGUGCAGUUGUGGUCUUCACAGUGAUGUCGCUGUCUCGCUCAGUCGCCCUCUUUAGAGGCUACCACGCCCCGCUAGACCUGUACCCAGAGUUCCAUCGCGUUGCCAAGGAUCCGACUCUUCACUCAGUCCCUGAAGGCAGACCUGUUAGUGUGUGUGUGGGCAAAGAGUGGUACCGCUUCCCAAGCAGCUUCCUUCUACCGCACAAUUGGCAGCUGCACUUCAUUCAGUCUGAGUUUAAAGGACAACUGCCACAGCCAUAUGCCUCCGGUCCUCUGGCCACACAGAUCAUCCCAGCUCAUAUGAAUGACCAGAAUCUGGAGGAGCCAACCAGAUAUGUGGAUUUAAGGCAGUGCCACUACUUAGUAGACUUAGACACAGAGGAAGAGACUCCACUUGAGCCAAGGUAUUCAGCCAACAAAGAAGAGUGGAACAUUAUCGCCUAUAAGCCUUUCCUUCAAGCAUCCAGGUCAUCACCUCUCUUCAGAGCGUUCUACAUCCCGUUUAUAACAGAUCAUCACACCACCUACAGGCGAUACGUCAUCUUGAAACCACGGAGGCAAAAGCAGCCUCGUAAGCGGACGCAUGGCUGACCUUUGAAGCUCAACCCUAAGUACUAAAUGCUAAAUACAGAAAUCAAUCACUUCCCCUCAGAACAGCUGGUAUUUGUUGUGUGUCUGUGUGUGCGUGACUGGUGGACAUGGUGUGCAUGGUGUGCAUGCAUGUGAUUUGAAAUAAUCGUCUCAUGAAACAUUUAAAGAUAUCAGACCCUUUAAGGACAUUAUGUCUGCUUUUGGGCUUGUGUGUGUGUGUGUGAAGAGAAAAUUGUUAUGUAUGCAGGUGUGGUUGGCAGGUAUCAGCUGGGCCUGUAUGUCAACAUUUUAUCUAUGUGUGUGUGUGUGUGUGUGUGUAUGUUUGUCUGUGUGUACGUGAAUGUCUUACAGUGGAUGCACACUACAAGAUUUCACAAAUAUUUAAUCUGAGACACACGGAUGUUUCCUUUUCAUACUUCCCUGGGCAAUGUGUCCUGAAUGGAAGAGUUUUUCUGAAUAAUUAAUCAAAGAAAUAAGAAUAAAUGAUGAAAUCUUGUAGUGUUUGCUUGUCUGCACUUGAACAGUAUCUUAUUUUGUGCUCUGUUGUGUGCGAGAGGUGGAGAUGAACAAAAGCGAGGUUGCAUUAUUAAUUUAACUUGGAAUGUUAAUAAAAACGUGAUUGCGAAAAA